UAGUCGAAAAGAAGAAAGAAAUUUCUUCAAUCCCUCUGAUGUAGCUGGUGGUUUGCCUUGUCAUCAGAACACUGCCGGUGGAUUCAACGGGCUGACAAACAACAUGCCACAAGAUGACAGCCAACAUCAUUUUGUUAUGCCGGGAAACAGGAAUGUUGCUCUUGGAGUUGAAGGGAACUGGGAUACAAGAUCUGCAUAUAUUGAUCCUAGUAACUGUUUUCAGGGUUACCCAGAUGUAUCUUUAAUUCCUGUUGGUAGCAGCUCCGGGCUCCCUGAUUCUGGAGAGAGCAGAGCAUAUGGUUUGCCAUCAUUUUCUUUUUCGAGUACAAGUACUUGUCCACCUGCAUUGGAAACUUCUAGAAACCUCAUUGCUGAUCCUGGCAUGGUUUUUCCUCCUAUUGGUGCCACAACAAGCACUUCCCUGCACGAUCAGUUUGGGAAGCCUUUCGCAACUAAUGAGGUUAUUGCUGUAGAAGUUGCUGAAAGAGGCGAUGUUCCUGGGAAAUUCAGGUUUAGCCAGCUACCUAGUAAUUAUUGUCAACCUCAUGUCGUCGGUGCUGUUCAGCCAUCUACAAACCUUUCUAGAUCCAUGAUGACUGGUGAAGAGUUUUUAGUUACCAAAUGUAAUAGAACUGCACAAGGUUCUAGUGCUUUUGUUGGAACACAUCUUAAGAGGGUUGCUGAACAACCGCAAGCGGUGACUGCCAGAGCUCAACUGUUAAAGAGAAGAAGAGCUCAAUCUUCUGUCGAUCCAUCUGCUCCAAUGUUGUCCCUAAAUGUUUCAACUGUCCCAAAUUCAUCCAAGGCCUCUUCUUUCACAGUCCCAGAUCCUACAGCUCCAUCCCUCCCAUGGGAAGCGAAAAGUACUACAUCACUCUCACCCCUAUUGCAGAUUUCUCACACUCUCCCAGCCCAAGGAAGAAGUACUCCAUUAUUUCCACCCCUGUCACAGACUACGUUUGCCCUCCCAACCCCAGUCAGACGUACUGCAGUACUCCCAGCCUUAUCCCAGAUUGCUUCCUCUCUGCCAUCCCGAGUGAAAACUACUAAAUUGCAUCCGCCUCUAUCCUUGACUGCUCCAUGUCUCAGACCCAAAGCCAAAACUACUACAUCGCACCCGGCCCUAUCCCAGAAUGCUCCAUCUUUCCUACCUCUACCCCAAAUUGCUCCUCGACUCGCAUCACACCCGACCCAGUCCUGGAAUGCUCCCUCUCUCCGACCCCAGGUCCGAAUUGUACCCCCACUCCCAUCCCAACCUUGGGCUGCUCCACCAGUCCCACAGAUAUCUCAGAAUGCUUCACCACUCCCACCAAAAUCUCAGUCUGCUUCAUCACUCUCUCCCAGACUGCUCAACCUCCCCUUCCACCACCCCAGAUUGCUCCCUCUCUCCUACCCAAACGCCAGACUGGUCCACCUUCCCCACCCCAACCCCAGACUGCUGCACCCCCUCUUCCACCACAAUCCCGGACUGCUUCAGCUGUACAUAUAAAAUGGAAAGGUUUUGGUCAAACUCAACCAAGUGGGCACAAGUGUUUGAUAUGCAAGAGGGAUCUUUCCUUCACACCUGAAGGCCCUGUUUCCAUACCAACUAUUCAACCAGUUGUUGCUGUUCUACCGUGUGGCCACACAUUUUAUGACCACUGCUUGCAGCUCAUCACCCCUGAAGACCAAGCUAAAAGUCCUCCGUGCAUUCCUUGUGCCAUCGGUGACAGUUGAUUCCUUGUGCCGUUGGUGAGAGUUGACUCGUGCCCUGGGAGAGUGUUGAUGCGAGUCUUGGUUCAUAACAUGUUGAAUCCUCCAUGCCUUGUGGCACUAGUCAUGAGAAAUUCCUC